AUGCUGUUGCAUUCGAUGCGUGCAUGGGUCCUGGUGGUCCCAGCAGUUGGAGCCAUCGUCAAGGAUCUGGAGGAGAAUCUCGGAGGCCCGACUGAAGCAGACUGUUCAGAUCCGGUCAAUGACAUCGUGCGGGAGAAUUGCAAGAAGGGGAGCCCAGCCACUGAGUGGGACAUCAACGCGGCAGGUUCCAGCUCGAUCCAGGGUUUUGCCACGCAGAGCAGCUAUGUGAUUGGUGAGCAGGUGUUGUUCAAGGUGAAGACAGCAUCCAGAAAGUAUCGUUUCGACAUAUACCGGCUCGGUUGGUAUAAUGCCUCUGGUGCGCGUCAUGUUGCCACUCUGCGGCCAUCUGCAGCAUUGCCACAAGAGCAGCCGGAGUGCUACAAGGAUGACCUUACAUUGCUUGUGGACUGCGGAAACUGGGCCGUGAGCGCUGCUUGGCUCGUCCCAACUGACAUCGUGCCGGGCAUCUUCUUCGCGCGCUUAGUGAUGGAAGAUCCGCCGGAAUUUUGGCGGACAGAUGCAAGUGAGAUUAUGCCGAGCCCCAAAUUUGCCAACAGAAACUGGAACUACAGUCGCAUGCCUCCUUGCGGUCCUGAGCAAUGUCCUGCUCUGGUACAUGCGUAUGGAGCACAGCGACACCUAUCUGGCGAUAUGAUGAGCAAUGCGCUGAAAGAGCCGCAUGCAUCGCAUGUCUACUUCGUCAUUCGUCAAGACGUGCGCAGGACGGACGUGUUGCUGCAAACAAUUGACACUACAUGGCGAGCAUACAACAACUAUGCUGCUCCUUCCACUUAUGGCGUGCUUCCGCUUCCAAGACACAAAUUUAACCUCUCCGAUGCAUGGCAAAGCCGAAGGGCCUAUAAGGUCUCUUACAACGCACCAUUGCUGACUCGGGACACUCGAGCUGUGAAUACACUGUUCAAUGCAGAGAUGCCUGCGCUACGAUGGCUUGAGCGCCAUGGUUAUGACAUUCAAUAUUGGACUGGAGCAGAUGCUCAUGCACGUGGAGAAGAGAUCCCUCGCCGUGCCCGGGUUUAUGUCUCCGUGGGCCACGAUGAGUACUGGUCAGGGGAGCAAAGACGGCACGUGGAGGCAGCUCGUGAUGCAGGAGUCCACUUACAUUUCUGGAGUGGCAACGAAGUCUACUGGAAGGUUCGAUGGGAGUCGUCACCAGUAAACGGCGAGCCAAUGAGAACCAUGGUGGUAUACAAGGAGUCCCAAGAAUCUUUCAAGAUCGACCCCGAGCCGAAGCUGUGGACCGGAACCUUCCGAGACAGCAAAGGUUUUAACCCAGAGGGUGCCAAUCCUGAGAACUCGCUGACGGGAACCAUCUUUACCGUAAAUGCAUGGCGUCAUGAUGCUCUCGAGAUACCCGGUGCGUAUGCGAAACUUCGAGUUUGGCGCCAUACCGACGUGACCUUGUUGAAGUUGACCCAGAAGGCAGUGCUGUUGAAAGGGCUUUUGGGUCACGAAUGGGAUGAAGAUUUGGACAACGGUUUUCGGCCCGAAGGGCUCAUCCGCCUCAGUGAGACGCAUGUGGACAAUGUGCAGGCCAUCGUGGAUCAUGGCGCAUGCUUCGAUUCUGGCAGUGCCACUCACCACUUGACAUUGUAUAAAGCCAAGAGUGGUGCUUUGGUCUUCGGGGCCGGCACGGUCCAGUGGGCUUGGGGAUUGGACAAUUUCCACGACUCUGUAACGGGCAUGAACAACAUGUGGGAGAGUGAGUACAACACCCGGAUAGGGGUGGACCCCUCUGGCCCAGAUUCAGUGGUACAGCAAGCCACCUUGAAUUUGUUUGCCGACAUGGGUGUUCAAGCCCCGAUCUUGGGAGCAGGCAUGGUGCGUCCAUCGGCGUCCACCGACAACGAAGCACCUGCAAUAUCCUCUGUUUCGAUGAUGGCUAGUAGUGGACCACGCAAGCAUUUCGUUGUCAGAGCUACUGACUCUGCUGGUGAAGUCGCGGCUGUGGAGUGGUCUUCUGAUGGUAGACGCUGGCAUCCGAUGAAGCGCCAGCUUCGGGAGCCAGAUCAGUGGAGCAUGGAAACACCGAUGCCCGCAUACCAACAAGGAGAACUGGAGCUCUGGUUUCGUGCUGUGGACGAUUCGCUGAACAUCGGCAAGGAGUACCGGUCUUUCGAGUGCCCGGGCGAAGAAGCCACUUCAAAGCAUUUCAGCACUCAGCUCAUGGAAAAGAGGAGCUGUGAAACCGGGGACCUAGGAAAGUUAGCUUCAGGGAAGCAACUUGACAACGUCAGCGGAAAGCCAGAUUCCAUGAAGGGAUCCGGCAGGGGAAGCCUGGGCCCGGGCCUUCCUCACCGUCGCGACCCACGGACAGACCGGGACCGAGCAAUGGCGGUGCCUGCAGGCGCGGGCAGCCACCGACGAGAGUACCAGCACUACUACGGUGAGAGCACCGACAUGGUGAGUGAGGAGUACUGGUCAAGCGACGGAGCUUGGGGUGCAGGUGCUUGGAGAGAGUGGGAGCACGAAGCUGCAGGUUUGGAAGAGGGCGGCUGGGCGCCGCCCCCCGCGCCUGCAUCGAGCUUCGGGGACCUGGAGCGCCGGAUCGACACGAUGUCCCAGGAGUUCACGGACAACUUGCGCAGAAUUAGCGAGAAGGACAACGAGAAGUUCGACCUCAUCUUCUCGAUUCUGCAGCAGCUGCAGAAUCGACAGGCCCAGUUGGAAGAGACGGUGCGUGUCCUGCAAACGCAGGCUUGCCAGGGAGAUCUCCGAAUAUGGUACGAGGGGCUUGUGUAA